AUGCCGAGGGUGCUGAGCCAAUCAAGAGAGCUGUCAAAGAGGCUUUUCAUUGGCCCGGCAGGAAGCUGGACAGCAGUGUCACCGACGGGGGGACUCUUCAGACUGGCAGACACACAGGCGGGCAGAGCCGGGUGAGCGCCUUGGCACUGAGAGUGGAGCCGACAUUCUGGUGGAGCGGUGGCUGGCACGGGGAGCGGGCUGGCCUCUCCAGAAGAGCAAAGAGUGAGAUCACACACACAGACACACACACACAGACACACACACAGUGCCACACUCCUGCUGAGGAGCAAACGGAGGCUGGCAGGGAGGGCUGCUCCUGAAACGCUGCUGUUGUCUGGAGAUGCUUUUAUGUGAAUAAGAGCUUUAAUAGGCGUUGUGUGACGGCUCUCGCCGCACGCUGAGCUCCGAGUGAUCUUCUUCUGUGGAGUUUUAAUUAAUAAGCCGUGUUUGACGGACACGACACAACACGGCUCCUCCUCGGUGGCCCUGAUGCUGUUUGUUUUGGAGUCAUGCUGAAGCUCCAGCUGAGGUGACCACUUAGAGUUCAGGGAGGGGAGCAGACGGCUGUCCUCAACUGUCCUCCAUCACUUUAAUAAUAAAACACGUUUAGAGCUUCAAGCUACUGAAAUGUCAGUUUAAACAGCAUAAGGAUAAUUAAUCAAUCAGCUCUACAAUCCAGGAUUUAAAGGGAUAUUACGGCAUAAAAUUAAUUUGGGGUUAAACCCACCGCAACACCAAGUUAGACCCCCCCUCCAGAGAUGAAUGUUGCAGACCGCUUGCUUCUCUAGUUAUUAAUUUCUUUAACAAAGAGACUAAACACAACUCACCUACUCUCUUCCAGCAGCCGCUUGUUUGUAGAGAGACUUCAGGCAAGUCUAUUAUGGACUACAGCGGGGUGACGCAGCUCAAGGAAGAACAUUUAUGAUCAUUUCUUUAUCAUUUCCCUUAAAUAAUAAUCAUCAUAGUUUUAGUAGUUCUUCUGUCUUAGCGUCUCGGUCUGAUUGUAUUUCCAUGAAGAAAUGAUCAUAAAUGUUCUUCCUUGAGCUGCGGCACCCCGCUGUAGUCUGUAAUAGAGUUGCCUGAAGUCUCACUACUAACAAGCAGCUGCUGGAAGAGAGUAGGUGAGUUGUGUUUAGUCUCUAACCUUCAGGUCUCUGUAUUUCUAUCCUGUGGUCGUUACUAAAGUUGGUAUAACUAGAGAAGCAAGCGGUCGACAACAUUCAUCUCUGGAGCGGGGGGUCUAACUCGGUGUUACGGUGUGUUUGACCCUAAAUUAAUUUUACGCCGGAAUAUCCCUUUAAGUUUCUUAAGUGUCAAAUUAAACAGCAUAAAUGAAUAAAUAGAUCAGCUCAACAAUCCAGGAUUUAAAGUUCUGGUUAAAUUCUGGAGUUACACUGAAAGUUGAACCUUCUGCUCACUCACCCUUACCUUCCUGCUUAAACUACAUUACAAAAGAAACAGCAUGUUACUGUGAAACAGGCGGACAAACACCAUCAUCCUAAACACUCUCACUUUCACAGACAGGAUCAAACUCCAGGAGAAGGAGCUGACUACUUCUUGUGGACUGAGAGUGCCCCCUGGUGGAUCAGAACGGUCCUGGACCAGGUAAUAAAAUCAAAUCAAGACAUUUUUAAAAAAAAACCUUUUGGAGGUGAAAUAAUAAAACACAAGAGUUUGAUUUAAUCAGUUUGUUCUCAGAGUCAGUGACGACCAUUAAAAUAUAAACGUAUAAAGAGUGAAAGUUUGAGAGUUUCUGAGAAGAAUCGAAGGUUCUGGUCUCAGUUGAAUCAGUUCUGUGUGUGUGUGUGUUUCCCGUUAAACCCCAGACGUAAACACGACAGUAAAGAAACAGGUGAGUUAUGAGGACAAAGGGUAGUAGGACGUCUUACAGCAAAGAUCAUUUUAAUGGUCCCAAAUAUUCUGAACAACUAAGUGUACACUCAUGUAAAAGGAAAAAAAAUGAGAAGAAGAUAUGACAAAAUUCAUCACAUCUAGAAUUCCACUCAAUCUUUAAUCAAGACGGGAUUACAAAGUCUCCAAAAAAUCUGCAGUUUCAAAGGGCAAAAAGGGUAAAACUAGCUCACCUACUGAGGUCUUUAAAAACCUGUUCAGGUGUGGCUGAAAAACCACAUCCUGAACAUUUAAAGGCAGGUCUCUUUUUGUUGUCAUUUACAAAAAAAAACUGGAGAGAGAGAUCGAGAGAGAGAGAGAGAGAGAGACGAGUAGAGAACCAAAAGAAAGUCAUGGAGAAACUGCUGGCUUUUUUUUUUUCUCUUCAGAGAAAGAACGACGACGACAACACGGAUGACAUCAUCAAACCACGGCGAGGACGGCGCUUCGCCCUCGUGCCGCCUCCCGUCUGGUCCUAA